AUGGGCUACGGGGGGUUGAAGGAGGUCCCCAGAUCGAAACUGGGUGAUGUCAUCAGGCCCUGGGCGAAGUCCUCUUGCUGCGGUGCACUGCGACAGGUGUAUCCUCCACCCACGAUCCCCAUGCCAUGCAUACAGGAGGUCCCCAGAUCGAAACUGGGUGAUGUCAACAGGCCCUGGGCGCAGUCCUCUUGCUGCGGUGCACUGCGACAGGUGUAUCCUCCACCCACGAUCCCCAUGCCAUGCAUACAGGAGGUCCCCAGAUCAAAACUGGGUGAUGUCAUCAGGCCCUGGGCGCAGUCCUCUUGCUGCGGUGCACUGCGACAGGUGUAUCCUCCACCCACGAUCCCCAUGCCAUGCAUACAGGAGGUCCCCAGAUCAAAACUGGGUGAUGUCAUCAGGCCCUGGGCGCAGUCCUCUUGCUGCGGUGCACUGCGACAGGUGUAUCCUCCACCCACGAUCCCCAUGCCAUGCAUACAGGAGGUCCCCAGAUCGAAACUGGGUGAUGUCAUCAGGCCCUGGGCGCAGUCCUCUUGCUGCGGUGCACUGCGACAGGUUGGCCGCUCGUCCAAGUGCCUGCAAUGCUGGAAUGAGAUCACAUGCUUGGAACUGGGUGCAGGUGUAUCCUCCACCCACGAUCCCCAUGCCAUGCAUACAGGUGCCUGCAAUGCUGGAAUGAGAUCACAUGCUUGGAACUGGGUGCAGGUGUAUCCUCCACCCACGAUCCCCAUGCCAUGCAUACAGGUGUAUCCUCCACCCACGAUCCCCAUGCCAUGCAUACAGGAGGUCCCCAGAUCGAAACUGGGUGAUGUCAACAGGCCCUGGGCGAAGUCCUCUUGCUGCGGUGCACUGCGACAGGUUGGCCGCUCGUCCAGGUGCCUGCAAUGCUGGAAUGAGAUCACAUGCUGGAACUGGGUGCAG